AUGCCAGGUGUGUACGGUGGCGACGAGAUCAAUGCCGUUGUGCUGGAUCCUGGUGCGUCCGUCUUCCGUGGUGGAUGGGCCGGCGAAGAUGCACCGCGUGCGAUGUUCCCGACGCAUUAUGGCUGGCUGCCGAUGAGCGAGGAGGAGCGCGCGACAUACACCGCGCCGGAUAUGAAGCAGGAGUCGUCGCAGGGCGAUGUCACCAUGUCGGAGGCCCAACCCGCGCCACCACGAGGCGUCUCAUUUGAUGCAGCUCGCGGACGUAAGCGCUUUGUGGGAGACGUGGGUGUGUCGUACUGGCGUCGCGGUCUGGAAAUCGAUACACCCCUGGACGAGCAUGGCAUUGUCCAGGACUUUGAUGCCAUGCAGGCCCUUUCUCACCACGCCCUCGAUCUACUCUCGUCUGAGCCAACCGAAAAUCCACUCUUAUUCACUGAGCCUGCGACGAACCCACGGUCAGCGCGCGCCCGCACAGUGGAACUUGCCUUCGAGGGCCUGCAAGUGCCGGCCUUUUACCUGGCGAACCGCUCCGUGCUGAGUGCCUUUGCGUCUGGCCGACCUACGGCGCUGGUGGUGGAUAUAGGUGCGUCUCAGGUGUCUGCGAUUCCCGUGGUCGACGGCUUUGUCUUGCGAAAGGGCAUUCAUACCCAGCCCAACGGCGGCGAUGCCGUAUCACGGGCCCUACUGUGGGGCCUCACGAACGAGAUGGGCGACAAGAACCAGAGUGGCUGGCUGGCCGACAGCAUCGUGCCCCAGUACCUCGUAAAGAGCAAGCAGCCAUGUGAGCCUGGCAUGCCCGCCCAGGCCACAUUACGGGACGACCGCUUGCACGGCACGGCCCCCUCGUUCCGCAUGUACCACACGAUGGGCGUACUCAACGACCUGAAAGAGGCCGUAUGCCAGGUGCUCGAGGCACCUUGGGACGAGGCGCAGGCAGCUGCUCGUCCUACCAAGAUGUACGAGUUCCCUGACGGCUCGAACGAUGCGUAUGGCACGCUGCGCUUCAAGGCGCCUGAGGCCAUCCUUACACCGAGUCUGUACGCGGACAAGUCGCAGGUGCUGCCGACGCGCGACGCACCGUACAUGGGCCUCACGGACCUCGUCCUCCAGGCGACCAAGGAAGUCGACGUCGAUGCGCGCGCCAGCAUGUUUGGCAACAUUGUGUGUGUGGGUGGUGGCACGCUCCUCCCCGGCUUUUUGGACCGCCUGAGCUACGAACUCAGUGUCGCUGCACCAAGCCAGCGGAUCCGCAUCCACUCGCCAGGCAACUACACCGAGCGCCGCCACUCGACAUGGCUCGGCGGCAGCAUCUUGGCCAGUCUCGGCACGUUCCAUCAGCUAUGGAUCAGUAAACAGGAAUACGAGGAGCAUGGACAAGCCAUUGUCCACGUCCGUUGCAGGUAG